GGUUCCUCUCCUGAGGAGUUGGUUCAGGCUUGUCUUGGACCCACAGCAAAAGGAGAAGUGUCAGGUGCCAAGUUUCACUCUGCUCUUCAAGAAAUCUACAACCAGAAUGGACUGGGUUCCUCUCCUGAGGAGUUGGUUCAGGCUUGUCUUGGACCCACAGCAAAAGGAGAAGUGUCAGGUGCCAAGUUUCACUCUGCUCUUCAAGAAAUCUACAACCAGAAUGGACUGGUAGACUAUCACUAUGUCAAUAGUGCUCCACACCACUUCAACUCAGAGGCAUUCCUGCAGGGACGUGGCCUAAUCACGGAGGGAAUGGUGGCCAUUAAGGCUAACAUUCGCAAGGAGAACUUCCAGGCUGCCAGAGAAACACUGGGCAGAGUUCUUCAUACACUACAGGACUUCUACAGCCACAGUAACUGGGUGGAGCUGGGAUACACAGAACCAUACAUCAACCUCAUUCGCCCAGAUCAGCCACUGGAAAACCUGGCAGAUGUCAACACUGCCACCUGCAGGGACUGUGCCAGUGGAACAUGUCCCAAUUCCAUUCUCCCCAACAUCCUGAAUGAGAAGAAGCUCACAUCAGGCUACAUGGGAAUCUACUCUUCCGCCAAGCCUAAAGGUAAAUGUAGCCAUGGAGGUGCAGCUGACCUGACUAGCACAACAGUUCCUCGUGGUGGCAUCAACAAAGAUGAGCAUCGCUCUGACAACGUGGCCUUCCACAAUGCUGCUGUGAAUGCAGCCACCGCUGCAAGUCUCCAGCUACUGGAGGACAUCCGCUUAGCUGCUGGGGACAAUGACUUUCUGAGAAUGAUGGGGAUUGCCCGCUCAUCGGUCGUGUGCUUUGUUAUUGACACCACUGGCAGUAUGUCUGAUGACAUUGAUGAAGCCAGGGAUGUUGUUUACGAAAUAAUUGACAGCAAAAAAGGAACACAGGAUGAGCCCUCUGAGUACAUCCUGGUGCCCUUCAAUGACCCCAGUUUUGGACCGAUGAUCAGGACAACAGACCCCGAUAAGAUGAAAAAAGAAAUCUCUGAACUUACAGCACAGGGAGGGGGAGAUAUCCCUGAGCUGUGUCUGUCAGGACUUCAGCUGGCUCUCACUGGUGCCCCAGCCUCCUCCCACAUCUAUGUUUUCACUGAUGCUACACCCAAAGACAUCGCCCUCAUGGACACGAUUCUUGCUCUCAUCAGGAGCACCAAGUCAACAGUGUUAUUCCUGCUGACCCCGGCCAGUAGGAGGCGUCGUCGUUCCCUCGGUGCUGGUUCCUUUGAAGACUACAAGGAUCUGGCUGUGGCCUCUGGAGGCCUGGCCAUCCAGGUGUCCAAGAAAGAGCUGCCUCAGGCAACAGACGUCAUCCUUGACACCUCUACUUCAGCUCUGGUGACAGUUCUUCAGCGGGCAAGGAACUCUGGGAAGCAGGAGACUUUCCCCUUCGUACUGGAUGAAUCUCUUCAAAACAUCACCAUCUACAUCACAGGAACAUCCAUUACUUUCACACUGACCAACCCUGCAGGUGUGAGUCAGAGCAACACUGAGGCCAGUGGUAAACUGGGGACCAUUCGGACAGUGGGCAACCUGAGAAGAAUUCGUCUCAACGCUGACAAGCAGACAGGAAGAUGGCAGAUCACCAUUAACUCCAACCAACCAUACACACUCAAAGUCACAGGCCAGAGUACCAUUACGUUUAUCUAUAACUUUGUGGAAAGCUUCAAGGGACCUCACCCAGGUUUUGCAGUACUCAGUGGGCGUCCACAAGCAGGCCAGCCUGCCACCUUGAUGCUCUCAGUAAUGGGAAGGAAAGGUCCAUCAUCAGUGAGUGUUGGAAACAUUGGCCUAGUAACUGUGUCUGGUCCUGAGGUUGUGAGCAAUGGUACGAUGACUGACAUGGGUAGCGGAGACAUCCUGGUGACUGUUGACAUGGUCCCUGAGGGGGAGUCUGUGGUCUUUCUGAAAGGAACAGACAAAGUGUCAAACUCUGAAUUUCAGAGGCAGUCUACCACCCAGAUGUCUGUCUCCAAAGUGAACAUCCAGGCUGUGGUGGACAGCAGUGUGGAGCCAGGAGAAACCUUUAAGCUCCCCUUCAGUGUAAUGACCCAGGGCUCUGGUGGUCAGUUUGAAAUCAGUGCCAGAAAUGACAGAAACUUCUCCAUGUCCUACUCAAGCAGCCUCACCUUGACAACUGGAAGAUAUACUAAUGAUACGUUGACCAUUACGGCACCUGCCAACACACCAUCAGGCACUGAUAUCACUCUGACUGUGCAUGCCAAGUUGUCCAGUGGUGUUGACUCCAAUUACGUCGUGUUGAGAUUGUCUGUUGUCACCAAGAUAACAGAUUUUGAUCAGCCUUUGUGUGAAGUGGUUAGUGUGCAGGCUGAUGAUUGCCCUCAGGAUGUUUCUCAGUGUGGACCUUUCAAGUGGGAGCUCUCGGCCAACCUUACUGAUGGAAACGGCACUGGGAUCGAGAGAAUCUCCCUGCAACAGGGUAAUGGAUCCCUCUCAUACACCUCUCUGAGUGCUCCUGUUGUCCAGGCGAACUACAACGCCUCCUGCUGCUCGCAGAUUGUGGAGAUCAUAGCUGUAGAUAAAGUUGGCAAUGUGGGAAAAUGCUACCAAUCAAUUGUUCGUUCGGAUGGCCCUCCUGCUUUAACUCUGUCAUUGCCACUGUGGUUGUGCCUGUUGGUGUCUGCUUUUGUAAUCAGACCUUGAAGGGCUUAGUUUAGGUUGUGUCUUAUUUCUGUAUGCUGCAUCAGGUAUUGGACACUGUUGAUGAUUUUAAAUUACUCAAAACAAUUUGCUACCAUGAUGGACUGAAAC